AUGCGUUAUUUGACGAGGCUGAACGUGCUCGGCAGUUUCGCCUUCAUAGGUGUUCUGAUCGCCCUCUCCCUACUCUAUGCAUCGGGCAACUUCUAUACCGUGGGCAGCCAAUUGCAUCUUCCCGAAACCCCGAGCAGCCCGGAAGCCAUCCCAGAGCCCACUUUGAAGCCUCCUUCGAAGCCCGAGACGACCAAGGUACCUAUCACUCCCGUGAAGAACUCAACAAUAUCGUCCAAAGCCGAGAAUAGACUGGUUGUCUUUGGGGAUGCCUGGAGCGACACCGGCUCGCGUCUUGCUGACCAGGGGCGAGCAUGGCCGGAAUGGUUUUGUAUGAUGUGGCCGUGUCGCCUGGAAACUUACGCACAGAAGGAACAUGUCUGCAAGAGUUCCUUCUGCGGGUCCGUCGUUGAUGAAACCGAACUCCAUACCGUUGAAACCGAGGUGUCCCGUGCCUUGGAGCCACUACCAGACCUUCGCAGUCAGGUUGACCAGUGGCUCGCCGCAGAGAUCCGUGCAAGUGAGAACGAGCCUGCAGCCGGCGACAUGCAAGCGCGUGCAGAAAAUACCGUCUUUGCUUUGUCGUUCCUCAUAUGGGACAUUUGGAAAUUCAACGGAGCGCAUCCUGGAGACGCGCAGAGCUCGAUCAACCGGAGUCUCACUACCAUGUUCCAGCAGUUGGAUCGCCUGGCAGAGCACACCAAAUCCGAUGAUCUCAAAAUCCUCCUGAUGAUGUCCGUCGAUCCCACGUUGCUUCCUGCGUUUGAUCCAUCGCAGGGCCAGAAAGACAUGGUUUCUAUAGUCGACCAAUGGAAUACGGAAUUGAAAGAGCAGGCCGAUGAGUGGAAAAAUGGCUCAGUUUAUGUAUUCAACACCAACGAAUUUCUCAGCAAUCAAAUCCGGUCCGGGCAGUUUUUCAUGGCGGGAAUGCUGGAUGGGCAAGGACUAGGAAAGGAGAACCCCUGGGAUGAUGUCGAAAACCCAUGCGUUCAGACUACAAGCCAUUGGCUGCCUUUUCUGAAUAACAAGGGCCAGCGGUGUGAGAGACCAGAAAAAUUCCUAUUCUGGUAUGUUGUCCACAAAGUUACCGCAACGGGAAACAAAGAAAAAGCUAACAAUGUAAACCACUAG